UGCGCUCGAGCCCGCAGAUGCGCGCUGGGAAAUUGAGCGCGCGAGGGUCUCCAACUCGCUGUCGGAGUUCGCGGAUCGGCCGUGCCCCGGGGUUGUUUCUCUUUUGAUGGCGGGGGGAGUUGACAUUUAGAAUUGUUCAUCUCUACGUUGUCGUCGUCGUUGUUGUUGCUGCUGCUCAAAACCGAAGACGUCGCAGACAUGUUCAAGAACACGUUCCAGAGCGGCUUCCUGUCGAUACUCUACAGCAUCGGCAGCAAACCGCUGCAGAUCUGGGACAAGAAGGUCAGAAAUGGGCACAUCAAGCGCAUCACAGAUAAUGACAUCCAGUCACUGGUGUUAGAAAUUGAGGGAACAAAUGUCAGUACUACAUACAUCACGUGUCCAGCCGACCCAAAGAAGACACUGGGAAUCAAGCUCCCUUUCCUCAUAAUGAUCAUCAAAAACCUUAAAAAGUAUUUCACCUUUGAAGUCCAGGUGCUGGACGACAAGAACGUGCGCCGGCGAUUCCGAGCCAGCAACUACCAGAGCACGACGCGCGUGAAGCCCUUCAUCUGCACCAUGCCCAUGCGCCUCGACGACGGCUGGAACCAGAUCCAGUUCAACCUCUCGGACUUCACCCGCCGAGCGUACGGCACCAACUACAUCGAGACUCUGCGCGUGCAGAUUCACGCCAAUUGCCGAAUCCGACGGGUCUACUUCUCCGACCGCCUCUACUCGGAGGAUGAACUUCCGGCCGAGUUCAAGCUCUACCUCCCCGUGCAGAACAAGAACAAGUAGUAGGCAUCCCCCGAAGGCUUUGGAAGAUGGCGGCGUGAAGAUGCGUGUGCAUUCAGGACCCUCUUCCUCCUCGCCCACGGGGACAUUCAAAUGUAUUUAUCACGGCUGGUUAGAAACGUUCACUCACCUUGGCUCGCGACAGCGAGUGCUCUUGCGUUUUUUUCUACUGCUUUUCCGGCAUAAACAAGCCCUCUUGCCUCUGCUGCAACUGUAUUCUCUCCGUACCGGCAUACACAGCUCGCAUUACCCGCGAGCGUUCUUACACGUAAGCACGCACGCGUGUGCACAUGUACGUAGGUGUGCCGAGUGAAUCAUUGUGUGUGUGUGUGUGUGCGCACAAGCGCACUUUUGUGCAUACCUCCGUAGUCGUGUAUUAGUGCGUACAUAUUUAAUCGACGGCAACUUUGCAGCAGAGACCUGCUACAGAAAACACAUCGUUCUUGUAAAUGUGAACUUGAGCAGCGCGUCGCAUGCUCUCGGAUGCAAGUUUGAAGCUUUCUUAAAUAGACUAAACAAUGGAAGUUUAAAACCACGAACGCACUCCAGCGACGUUGCGGUAAUCCUAUUUGCAUCACACGUAUGGAAGUGCUGUCACAGUGACAUCACUGGAGUGGUCCUUGGUGGUUUUCAAAUAUUCUUCUCAGUGUUUCAACCCGGUGUUUGAGAGUCUUGAGGCGACACCUCUUGGGUACUUUGCAAUUACAGGAACUGUUUGGGUUUUGUUGGGUUGUGUCUUUCAGUAAAAUAAUAUAAUUUGUGGUAAUUACAGUAAACCCUUGUUCAUUCGACACACAUGGGGCUCUGGCCUUGCCGAAUUAUCCAAUAUUCCGAAUUGUGUACAAUGGUACUCCCCAGUGCCUCCUGUCCCAAUAAAUAGAAAAUCCAAAUUUGUUUCCCAAACUCUUGACACGCCAUAUGCAUUGACACACACACCCCCGCAUCAAUUGUAUCCAAAACUCUGUACAGGUAGUCCCCGACUUAGGAUGGGUCGUCGUAACGCAUCUCCAUCGCAAGUCGGGGACUACCUGUAUUUGUCUCGCAGACUUAGGGAUUCAUACUUCAGUCCCUUUCCAUUAUUUCUUGAUGUAGGUGUAGACGACGUUGCUGAGAGGGUUGGCUUACACAGAGUGCAUAAGCAAGGUAAAGUCCAAAGCGGUGGCUCUGCACCAACGCUCACCGCGCUCACCGCGCUCACUACGCACGCCGCGACCAGACCAAGUCAGUGUUUUGGUCGUGGCGCGCAUCGCCGCUCCACGUGCAUGCCGAAAUUGGACCUUUCGCUGUGGCAAUUCGGCACGUGGCGAAUUUCUAAUAACACCGUAAAUAUCCCGAAAGCGCAGCCGUGCUGAAUUAUGCCCAAUUACGGAUUAUCAAAGACCGAAAUAACGAGGUUUUACUGUACAUUGCGUAGGUAAUGAAUGGACUCGUCUCUUCUCGCCAGCGAGAUCGGUGUGCUGUGGCACAUUGAAUCGUGAAAUUGGUAUGCUUAUGUUAGAACCUUUCUAUGUUUUCCGUCUUGAGAAAUUGUCGUUUCGAUGUUAGCAGAUGUUUUGCUUUGUGUUAUAGUUUUAAAAAAGAAAUACGUCUAAAUGGUUGUACAUUUGAAGUUGUACACGUAAAAAGAAAAAGUUUUAACUUAAAUAAAGUUAUUUCAUACGAACAUGCGUUUCGGCUGCAUUAUUUGAAAAGAUAAAAAACGUAAAUUCAGUGACACAACCAAGUUCUAAAACAAAUUUCAAUUGCAUUUCUACGUUUAUGGGAAUAUUUAAAUCUUAGUAAAUAAUGUAAAUAAGAUUAAGGCAGUUGGCUUACGGAUGAGUACUGUUACUGCAUUUGCAUGGCAAGAAGAUGAAUGGCCUAGUUAAAUUGUUGGCAUACAAAUGUUUUUUCGCUUGUCAGAUUGUUUGGUGGUGGCGGCGUGCCAGCCAGUGUGUCAUUACCAACAAUGGGGCAAAUUGCCGAGCGGCAGCGUGGCGGUGAGAUCCUCUCUCCUUCGCCCGGCACGCAGGAGGCUGUGCGUUCGAUUCCAGACCCUGGCGAUGCCUUUUGUGUAUUUGGAGUCCCGCUUGUUGUCUCUCGCCCCGUGGCGGCCGCGUUGAUUUUUCAACGGGUUCCUCCGGUUUUGCCCUCCUCCACAUUUCGAGACAACGCGCGUUUCGAUUAUUUAGCUGCGACGAUCAAUUCCCACGUGUGAUGAUGAUGAUGUCGCACUACUUUGAUGUGCUAUCAUGUGUGUGGCCAGGUCAACUCUGAAAGAGAGCUAAUAGCUCGGUGACAGUGAAAUUAAUUAGUUUCGUUGAAGGUGAUGUGUUUCGGUAAUUUGGUCAAUAUGUGAUUUCAUGCCCCGGAUGGUUACAAAAAUAGCAACUUCGUUGUCAUCGUCAACAGUAACCAUGAUUUAUCCACUGCUGGAUGAAGCUAUCGCCAUCUCUCACGAUCUUGUGUCGCAAUCGCCAGUCGAGCUCCCGCACACAAACAGAUCGGCGACUUGCAGUCGAUGGAGUCCAGGCUGAAGACGACACCCAAUAAAAAAAAAUCAAUACUC